AUGAAGAGCUACUUUUUAUAUCUCUCCCUCAGUGGAGCAUCUCUUACGAGUUCGAAGAGCAAGAGAACGAAUCUAAGCAGAUGGAUGACAGAUCUACCCGAUGCCGUAAGAGAAAGAUCGAUUCUAGAGCUUGCUAUUCCCGGGUCACAUGAUUCGUUUGCUUAUACACUAGACAAAAAAGCUCCGUUUUCUCAGAACUCAGAAGGACUCGAUGAUAUUUUCGAUCAAAUCGGAAUCGACAAAGUUGAUGAAAUCGCUAAGGAGAUCACUUACAACUGGGCAAUAACUCAGAUCCUCACGACUCAAGAGCAGCUCGAAGCUGGUAUCAGAUACUUCGACUACAGAACGAUGCCCCUUCGACCCAGUCGGGAAGAAGUAUACAAUGCUCAUUCACUUUAUGGACCGUCAACAGAAUAUGAGAUGAUGCAGAUUUGGAGCUUCCUUCGAGAUAAUCCCGGAGAGCUAGUUAUCGUCAAUUUCAACCACUUCUAUGACAUGGAUCAAAAACACUACGACUGGCUUGAAGAACAUCUACGAACCCUUUUUGGAGAUAAGAUUUGCGAUAUUCCAGAAGACCCGCUCUCAACCUUAUCAUUCAACGAUAUAAAAGCGACUAACUGUAACGUCAUCAUUCUAUAUGGAAGUUCUAUCAGGCCAGACUGCAUCAAUUCUUCGGCCUUGCCGAAGAAUCAGCCCAUACCACGGCCAGACUUUGCCUGGAACAAGGGCUCAAAUCUUUCUGAUCCAUGGCUGAAUAAACAAGAUAAGGAAAGUUUGUUUUCUGGGUUGGAUUCUAAUUUGGAAAAAGGUCGACCUUUGGAUAAAUUCUACGGCUCUCAAGCUUUACUGACUGCAGGAAGGGAUAUUUAUUUAAGUGAUUGCGAAGAAUUUACUAUGGAGCCUCUAUGA